UCAGAUGCUUCCUGACAUGCAUGAGGGCCAGAGGGACCUUAUCUUUAAACAUUAGCCAGCUUGUAGUAGCUUAAAUGUUAAUCAUCUGUCAUGUUGGGAACAAAGGGAGUGAAAAGAAAAUUAGAUAAGUACUUCUGAUAGAGCCUAAACGUAAAGUGGAUAUUCUGACUAUCUUAAGAAGGGAACCCACCAGUACCAGGAAACAGCCCGGCAAAGGUCACGCUGAUUAUUUAUUGGAAAUCUGCCAAGGGUGAGCGCGAGCACGUGCGUCUGUUCCGUGCGUGCGCGCGCGCGUGUGUGAGCGUGCGUGUGUUUACUGGAAGAACCUCUGAACGGAGGAGGCGGAGCCUUACGAACAUCGGCUUUACUCACUGGAAACAACCUCCAGUAACCUUCCUCCACACACGGACAGGAUCUCUCCGGCAGAUAUCGACGCCGCCACAUUCCUCCGCUCAGGAAAGAAACCCACACACUUUCUGGAUACUUUUUUUUUUGGAUUUUAAUGCCUGAGUUAAUAAUUCAUCUAGCACUACUCUCGGGUAGUUUGCAUAUCUUUUCCUUUGGCGACGAGCGGCUGCGGUGCGGGGCUGAACAUAUCCGCAAGCUGUGCUUAGGUGCUCUCUCCCAGCCCCUCUCUGGAUGCAUCAGACUCCUCUGCCCCGGGGCCCUGGACCCGGUGUGUGACCCCUCCACCCUCACCCCAUUCCCCCUCUCUUUCCUCUCCCUCUGCCCCAAACUCCUUCCCACCUGUCCACCUCCACGCCCCUGUUCUGGGCCCCCUGCCUCUCGACCAGCGGGCAGAGGCAGGGGGUCAUGGCGCCAUGGUAACCUUCAGCGGACGCAACCCCCUCGCCAUGAGCAGCGUGACCCCUCCGGAGGGCAGGGUUCAGGGGUCGAACUUUACCCCGCAUCACUACAAGCCCUUCAGCUCGCAUGCACAUUACCAGCAGGUGAUGCUUGCAUUGCGUAAGCUACAGGAGAGUGGUUUUUACUGGGGGGCUGUGGGGGGCCGGGAGGCCAGCUCCCUGCUGCGCUCCGAACCGCCCGGCACCUUCCUGAUCCGCGACUCCUCGGACCACCACCACUUCUUCACCCUCUCUGUCCAGACGGCUCGAGGAACCAAGAACCUGCGCAUCCACAGCGAGGGAGGCGGCUUCUUCUUACAGCCAGACCCCCAAAACACCCUAGAGCCCCCGCAGUUUGAUUGCGUGCUGAAACUCAUAGCGCACUACAUGGGGAAAGGGCCAGACGCUGGAAGGAGCAGAGAAGUCGCAUGUGGGGGCAAUUCAGGAGAAGCAGAAAUGAAGGGGCGAAGCAUAUAUCUGAUCCACACCGGUGGAGAGAGGAUUCCCUUGGAACUGCGCCGGCCCCUCGCAACUUCUCUCUCAUCCCUGCAGCACAUGUGCAGGAGGACCCUGAACAACCGAGGCCUGGGGGGGUCGGAGCGAGCAGAGCAGCUCCCGCACACACUUAGAGACUUCCUGGAGGAGUACGACGCUCCUAUAUGACUGACAGGAACUGCAGAGGUUCCAUUUCAUGGACCAGGUGUCUUGAGGACAGCAUAGACCAGUUCUCAGCGCAUAUGUGAAUAUGCGCGCCAUCAGAUACUGACCAGAGUUAGCCUUAGACGCCAGUGUGAGGUCAGUUUUUCAUUGUGACCAGAAUCAGCUGAUCCCAGAUCUGUUUCAACACUGACGGACACCAUCUACCUAGAGUCUCCCACCGACCUGGGGUCUGGGAUGAGGAGUGUGAUUUGGGUAACCAACGAUUACCUCGUCCGUCCUGCCAUGCAAAAACUGACCACUAGUGUGAGUGGCAGAUGAAGUCAAAGGUCACUGUUUCCUAUGACUAACGCAGAGCAGAGCCUCGUAGAAGAUUAACCUAAUUGGUAGAUACUAACGAUGACAGCGACGACAUGAUCAAUACACCACACCGUGAUCCCUGUGGGUUUAAUGUGCUUAAGAAGAAAGAUCUCCUCUCCUCUGUCAGACAUUCACUGGACAGAAAGAAAGAAGACAAAGAACAGAAAGGCUUAGAGGGUGUGAAAGAAGGAGGAGUUACAGAGAAAAAAGGCAAAGUCCAAACGAGGGGCCCAAAGCAGAAAACAUACAGUAUUUGUUUGUGUGUGUGUGUGUGUGUGUGUAUUUGUGUGCUGUGGUGGCACACACAUUUCCAUUGCUGCUUCCCACAAAUGUUGCCUCAUUGGGGGGGGGGGUCAUGCAUGCUAGCUUCACACGCAUACACACACACACACAGGUACAGACCCACAUUUUGUUAGUGUGGGAACAAGAGAAGAAAAAAAAGCAUUUCAAAGCAUCUUCUCCUUCUCCUCCAUUACCUAUUCCCUGCCCCCCUUUUUGUUUCGUAGAUGCAUGUGCGCUUUGACAGUGACAGAAAACAGACUGCUGUUACUGAGACAAAAGCCUUGGCACAGGACCAAACAAAACAGCAGAACUUUUUUUUUAUCCAGACUGGCUGGAAAAAUGUCAGUGACACUGUAAAGCUCCUUGGGGAAUGACGAUGAUGAUCCUAGAGAUUGGCUAGAAGAAGGAUUGAAUGAAGGAGAAAGAAGAGUGGGUAAUGGGAUUAGGAAAAGGAAAUUGAAGAGGACAGAGAACUGGGGAGGGGGCUAGGGUAGGGGAGAAGGGGAAGGAGACAUACUGGUACACAGCUACACAAAAACAUUGUGAUUGAUGUCCCGGACUUAGAUGAAAUGAUGGAGCUCAACGGGACGCUGCUCCUGUAAAUAUAAAGCCAGGUUUGCUAAGAAGCCCCGUGUGAAAAAGAAAGAUUUGGCUGAGUCUUAAUUCUGUCUUUUUAGACCCUCUCACAGUGAUUUCUUCUUUACAUUAUCAUCUCAAGCUUAUUUCUUUUUGUCAUGGUGUGUUUGAGUCUGCUCUUUCCCUCCUGGUUUUCUCACGUCACCGUUAAUGAAGGCGAUAUAAGAGAGGAGAUGGACUGUUAUGUGGACGGUUUAAUCGCUGUAACUUAAGAAAGGUUUCUCACCUCAUCUGCUCUCCAUCGUUACCUCUGAAGCCGGAGUGGACAGUUGGAUUUGUCUGUCUGAAUGUCAAGGGAACACAAGACUUCCUUAAAGUGAUUCUUUAAAAAAAAAACAAAAAAAAACGCCUUUUGUAAAACGUAGACUCGGAUUUUAUCAAAAUUGUUUUUGUCUGUGUUUGACCAGUGCUCAUACUUACCUGCGAUCCAUAUUGGAGUGGUAGCCUUUUCACAUCAUAAAAACAUCUCAUGUGGCCACUUGAGACAAGAGCACUGAAAUAUACCAUAGUGAUACACAUUUUUUGUCAAAUCUCAGUCUUAUUUUCUCACAUCAACAUCAAGGUUUUUUUUUUUUGUUUUUUUACAUGUGUUGUACCAGUGGACCACACGUGUAUGUGAAUCAUUUGUCUUUUAUAAAGACUCUCUCGCAGAAGGCUGGCCACUAGUCUGGCAAAAAUACAAGCUGUAAUAUCUGAAAUGACAAAGCAUUACAAAAAAAUAAAUGAAAAGGAACGUUGCACAUAUUUAUAUUUCUAAAAUAUUUCAAUAAUUUAUAUUAAAGAGCACUAUUUUUACAAAAGUC